CUGUUGCAGAAAGAACUGGCAAAAAGAAGAGAUUGGCCACACAUGUGUGCUUACAAACUGGUGACCGUGAAGUUUAAAUGGUGGGGCCUUCAGAGCAAAGUGGAGAGCUUUAUCCAGAAGCAAGAAAGGCGUUUAUUCACAGUCUUCCAUAGGCAGUUGUUCUGUUGGAUGGACAGGUGGAUUGAACUUACUAUGGAUGAUAUCCGGCGUAUGGAGGAGGAAACUAAGAAAGAACUGGACGAGAUGAUAUUAAAUGGUCCAGUGAGGGGACUGACAGCUACUGAUGACUAGCACCAGUUUCCUGUUUUUAGUCGUAAGUACGAUAGACUGUCUCUGAUGUGAUCAAAGUAUUAUAGAGUGCCUUUUGUAGAAUAUAACAUGCAAGAGUGUUUACCAGUAAAUCUGGUUUGUACACUGUUAAUGAACUGUGUAACAGUUUGCGUCGUCAUUAAAUCCUGAUUGAUUGGGCUUUUCAUUCUGUGGGAUCCUUUACAGCGUGUAUCCUCUGUCACAGACUUUGACAGGAGCCUCUAGACUUCCGCAUUACAGAGUAGAAGUAGAAGCAAUUUUUAAAAAAAAAUAUUUGUUGCUGGCUGGGCUGGAGUUGACUCCUCAUCUAUAAUUGGCCUUCAGAAGGUGGUGGUGAGCUGCUACUUUAAACCACUGCCUUUGACCUUGGGAUGUCAGUGUACCCACAGUGCUGUUGGGUUGGGGGGGUGCAUGGUGUUGGGGGCGUUUGCAAGUUGCAGUAUUUAGACCCAACAACAGUAAAGGAAAGGUGAUGUAUUUCCAAGUCAGGAUGGUGAGUGGCUUGGAGGGGAAAUGAAGAUGGUGGUGUUUCCAUGUAUCUGCUCCCCUUGUCCUUCCAUUUGGUAGGGUUCGGAAGAUACUGUCCAAUGACCCAUGUUGAAUUUCUGCAGUGCACUUUGUAGUUGAUAUGUAGUGCUGAUGAGGUGAAGGGAGAGAGUGUUGAUGGUGAUGGAUGAGACUGGUUCAUCCAUACUGCUGUCAAUCUUCUUGAGUAUUGUUGGAACUGCACAAAUAGAGUUAUGUGGGGAGUAUUCCAUCACACUCCCGACCUGCACCUUAUAGAUAGACAGGCUUUGGGGAGUCAGGAGAGGAGUUACUUCCUGCAGCAUUCCAAGCCUCUAACCUGUAGCCACAAGAUUAGUUUGGCUUGUCCAGUUCGGUUUCUAGUCAAUGGUAACUCCUGGAAUGUUGAUUGUGGAGGUUUCAGUAAUACCAUUGAAUGUCAAAAGGUGAUGGUUAGAUUCCCCCUCAUUG